UGCAAGAGUAUUGAAGGCCAGAGAGUCCAAACAUUAUGGACUUGAAUGAAGGAUUGGAGCCAGUGAGUCCAAGCGGACAAUACUUGAACAGCUCAAUGUUAUCUAUAUCUAUUGUUGCUGUCUUGGAAACUGAAGUUCCAAUCACCGACAUCGACAUAUCAUUCCUUAAUGAUUCACUCCUUCCCCUCAAUUCACGCUUCUCAUCCGUCAUGGUUACAAACCAAAAAGGUGAUAAACAAUGGAAAAGGGUUGAAGUGAAGCUUGAAGACCAUGUUAUUGUCCCCAUUUUCCCUGCCGGAUUGUCACCCACAUCAUAUGAUGCAUAUCUUGACGACUACUUGUCAAAGGUAGCAAUGGAUCACUUUCCCCAAAGCAAACCACUAUGGGAAGUUCACGUAUUCAAGUAUCCAACAAGCAAUGCAGCUGGUAAUAUCAUAUUCAAGCUUCAUCAUUCGCUUGGUGAUGGCUACUCCCUCAUGGGUGCACUUCUUUCUUGUCUACGAAGUGCUGAUAAUCCUUCUGCUCCCUUAACGUUGCCGUCACGCCCACACACAGAACUAGAAAGUGAUAAUAAAAGUGCUCUUGCAAAAGUGUUUCAAAUCUUUCCCUUGAUCUCUAACUCUCUAUCGGAUUUUGGAUGGAGCAUUUUGAAGAGCACUUUGGUUAAGGACGAUCGGACACCAAUUAGGUCGGGGGAUGAAGGAGUAGUGUUUCGGCCAAUCACAAUAUCAACCAUGACAUUCUCUCUUGAUCGUAUCAAACACAUAAAGGCCAAGCUUGGAUUGGUAAGAUCAACAUGUCUAAGCACAAACUAGCUAAUGAUCAUUUGAUUUUCAUGAAAUUCAUAUCCACUACUAGCACAAAGCAACAAAGCAAAUUCCACAGCCUUAGUGUUGCUCAACACAAGGAUGAUAAGGGCAUACAAGUCAGUGAAGGAGAUGGUUGAACCUGACUCAGAGGCUCCAUGGGGAAACCGAUUUGCCUUCUUACAUGUGCCAAUUCCAAAGUUUAAGGAUCCUAAAUCUUUAGACCCAAUUGAGUUUGUGUGGGAAGCACACAAGAUAAUCAAGAGGAAAAGAAGCUCAUUAGAUGUUUAUCUUACCAGCAGGCUUUUGGAGAUUAUGAAGAAAUUUAGAGGCCCUGAGGCUGUUGCUAGAUACAUCUAUGGGACACUAAGUAACUCCAGUAUGACGGUCUCAAACGUGAUCGGGCCAACUGAAAAGGCGAUUGUGUCUAAAUAUCCCGUUAAAGGCCUAUAUUCUAUGACAGUUGGUGGGCCUCAGAAUCUUACUAUAACAAUCACAAGUUAUAUGGGAAAUUUGAGGGUCUGUGCCGGAAUAGAAAAGGGAUUCCUUGAUCCCCAAAAGUUCAAGUCAUGCAUAGAAAAUGCCUUUAAGAUGAUGCUCAAAGCCGUAGAUGAACUUCCCUGACGGAAAACUUUAAUUUGAAGGUUUUUAUAUGCAUCAAGUAUACUGAAUUGUUAUUUGGUAAGCAUAAUGAAUAUUUCCAAUCCUGUUAUGAUUAUGAAUGGACUAGUUAUAACUAGUUGAAAGAAUGUUUUUAUA